UCAGUUUGAGGAGAAACCCUGAAGCAGGAGUCAUGCUGUCGGCCGAGGAGAUUCUGUGCAGCACGCAGCAGGUGAUUGCUGGGCUGGAGGCGCUGAGGGGGCAGAACCGCAGCCUCCUGGAGAGCCUGCAGGAGGCGUCACAGAGCGUCAGCGUGGAGCGGGAGAAGAGCAGCAUCAUCCAACAGUCGCUAGAGAGGAUCGAGCUGGGUCUGAACGAGGCGCAGGUGAUGAUGGCGCUGUCCGCUCAUCUCGGCUCGCUGGAGGCUGAGAAGCAAAAGCUUCGAGCUCAGGUUCGUCGUCUCUGUCAGGAGAACCAGUGGCUGCGGGACGAGCUGGCCGGCGCUCAGCAGCGGCUGCAGGACAGCGAGCAGGAGGUGGUCACCCUGGAGGAGCAGAACCGACACCUGCAGUUCAUGUCCUCCAUACGGAAGUAUGACCAGGACGAGCCGCCUCUGGAUGAAAGAGACUCUACUAGCAACAAGGAGACUCUGGACGACUUGUUUCCUGCUGAGGAUGAGGAGCAGACUCAGAUGUCCCAGCCUCAUCACAGCAGCGCCGCAGCUGCAGCUCAGCAGGGUGGCUAUGAGAUCCCCGCUCGCCUCCGAACGCUCCACAACCUCGUCAUUCAGUAUGCGUCUCAGGGGCGGUACGAGGUCGCUGUCCCACUCUGCAAACAGGCUCUGGAAGACCUGGAGAAGUCCUCAGGUCACACUCACCCCGACGUCGCCACCAUGCUCAACAUCCUGGCUCUGGUGUACAGAGAUCAGAAUAAAUACAAGGAGGCAGCGAACCUUCUAAAUGAUGCGUUAGCCAUCAGAGAGAAAACUCUGGGACUGGACCAUCCAGCUGUGGCAGCAACACUCAACAACCUGGCGGUUCUUUAUGGCAAAAGAGGAAAAUACAAAGAAGCUGAGCCUCUGUGUAAGAGAGCUCUUGAGAUCAGAGAGAAAGUUCUGGGUUCGGAUCACCCUGAUGUGGCCAAGCAGCUGAACAACCUGGCUCUGCUGUGCCAGAACCAAGGCAAGUACUGGGAAGUAGAACAGUACUACGAACGAGCUCUGCACAUCUAUCAGAGCAGACUGGGACCAGACGACGCCAACGUGGCCAAGACCAAAAACAACCUGGCUUCAUGUUAUCUGAAACAGGGGAAAUACAGACAAGCUGAAGGUCUUUACAAGGAGAUUCUGACCCGGGCUCAUGAAAAAGAGUUUGGAUCUGUAGCAGGUGACGGUCAUCCUCACUGGUCCAGUGUGGAGGACAGCGUCUCCACACAGGAGGGACUGAAGCGCAGCAGCUCCUUCAACAAACUCCGAGAGUCAAUACGCCGCAGCAGUGAGAAGCUGGUCCGCAAGCUGAAAGGAGUCGGAAUGGAGGAAAUUACCCCAAGGAAUGCUGGGCAGUCCAGGAGAGGCUUGACUGGGCCUGGACAACCCCGCCUCAAGGGAAGGACCUUGUGCUUCUGAAAAAGUGAACCAAGGGGCAGCAGAUGGAGAGCAAAACCUCUCGUUGAUGGGUUUACAGAUGAACUGCUAUACUUGGGAAGCAUCUCUUUGUGCCAGUGCUCUCUGAUGCUGAUGCUGGUUUCUACUUUCUAGAAUGAAAAGAGCAAAUUCCCUGAAUGUCCUGAAUGUUGGAACCAGAGAGAAUCAGGACGGCACCCAGGUGAGCCGAACAUCUCGUCUCCAAACGCAACGUUCAAAAUAAUUGUACCGUUUAACCCUCUGAGUCAGGCUCUUCAGCAGCCGUGAGGAGUCACUAUCUUACCUGUGAGCAUGUCUCCGUUCGGAGAAUCGGAGAAAUUCCCAUCGUAACCAAACCCUUUCGUGCAGGAGUGGUGAUGUGGCAAAAAUACAUUUUAAUGUUACAUUUGACCAUUUUGUUGCUGAACAGUGCAGCCAUACGGUUAGCUGCUGUAUGCUACUAUGUGCUAGUAAUGCUAAUGCUAAUGCGCCGCCACACAGACUCACUGCUGAGGUAACAGACUAGCCCUCCUCUCUAUGAACCCACACCAUCAGGCUCGGUGUCGCAGCUAAAACGGUCCGGGCAGAAACGUGGAUCCAGAACAUCGUUCUAGAUGGAACUCUAUGAUCUUUGAUUCGGCAGAUUGUCCACGUACAUGACCCCCCCCAUUUAAAACACCUUCCUGUGUUUUUUGCUCCUCAGUCGAGUCACCUGACGGACAGUCGAGCUCUGAGCUCCAGCACGCAGAGUCUAACGAGACGAGGAUCGCUUGGUGGGACCAGAUAACACACACACACACACACACACACACACACACACACACACACACACACACACACACACACGACAUCAGGAAGGACUACAUCUGCUGCUCUGGAUCAGCUUCAGGUGGAUUUUCUCAGCCAGUUCCUGCACGAUGGACCAAAACCUGGUUGUUGAAAAACCACGUCCCUGUUUGAAUCGGCGAGUUUCGUUUACGGGAGACCAAAAAGCUUUUAGGUGUUAAAAUAAUCAUGAAUUAUUAAAGUAAUGUAAUACU